AUUGCACGUUGAAUCCUGCAGUAUAUCUUUGUCAACAAGGUUCCCUAGAAUUGAGAUAGCAGUUUCGAGAAAACAAUGGGUUGCUAAUAAAUACUCCUAGAACAGAACUGGGCGAACAGAUUCGGUGGUGGAGGUACGAACUAGUAGUACGGAGUGAAACAAAACCAAAAGCAUAUUCCUUCCCUUCUACUCUUGUUUCCACUCGAUUCUCUCUCUCUCUCUCUCUCUCUCUCUCUCUCUCUCUCUGUGCAAAUUUCUGCUCUGUUCCACUGUGUUUAAUCAGCAUAGAAAAAAUGCAUUCGAACCACUUGCUUCUCGAAGAGCCUAUCAGGAUGGCCUCCAUCCUCGAGCCAUCAAAAUCCAGUUUCUUCCCCGCCAUGACGAAGAUCGUGGGGACUUUGGGCCCCAGGUCUCGUUCUGUCGAUGUCAUCUCUGGUUGUCUCAAAGCUGGAAUGUCUGUGGCUCGAUUCGACUUCUCAUGGGGGGACCCUGAAUAUCAUCAAGAGACUUUGGAAAAUUUGAGGGCAGCUGUAAAGGCUGCUAAGAAGCUCUGUGCUGUUAUGCUAGAUACAGUGGGUGCGGAGUUGCAGGUUGUCAACAGCACUGAGAAAACUCUUCAGCUUCAGGAGGAUGGUAAAGUUAUUCUAACACCUGAUCAUGGCCAGGAAGCUUCUUCUGAAAUAUUGCCUAUCAACUUUUCCGGACUGUCAAAGGCAGUGAAGAAGGGUGACACCAUCUUUGUUGGUCAAUACCUGUUUACCGGAAGUGAAACUACUUCUGUUUGGCUGGAGGUAGAUAAAGUGAGAGAGGAAGACGUGGUUUGCGUGAUAAAGAAUACUGCAACAUUGACAGGCUCAUUGUUCACCCUGCAUGCCUCUCAAGUUCAUAUUGAUUUGCCAACCCUCUCUGAUAAAGAUAAGGAGGUAAUUAGUACGUGGGGUGUAAAGAACAAGAUCGACUUCCUCUCUCUAUCAUAUACUCGGCAUGCAGAAGAUGUUCGUGAAGCCCGGGAGUUCCUAUCCAAGCUUGGAGAUCUCAGUCAAACGCACAUUUUUGCAAAAAUUGAGAACGUAGAGGGUUUGACCCACUUUGAUGAGAUUCUACAAGAAGCAGAUGGUAUUAUUCUGUCUCGUGGAAAUCUUGGCAUAGAUCUCCCAUCUGAGAAGGUGUUCUUAUUUCAAAAGGCUGCUGUUUACAAGUGCAACAUGGCUGGAAAACCUGCUGUGGUGACUCGAGUUGUCGAUAGUAUGACUGGAAAUCUUAGGCCGACUCGUGCAGAAGCAACUGAUGUUGCCAAUGCUGUAUUAGAUGGAAGUGACGGGAUUCUUCUUGGUGCUGAGACUCUGCGUGGAUUAUACCCUAUUGAGACAAUUUCCAUAGUUGGUAAAAUCUGUGCGGAGGCAGAGAAGGUUUUCAACCAAGACCUGUAUUUUAAGAAGACAGUCAAAUAUGUUGGUGAACCAAUGACUCACCUGGAAUCCAUUGCUUCCUCUGCGGUACGAGCUGCCAUUAAGGUGAAGGCAUCUGUUAUUAUUUGCUUCACCUCGUCUGGAAGGGCUGCAAGAUUAAUUGCUAAGUACAGGCCACCGAUGCCAGUUCUAUCAGUAGUCAUUCCCCGGCUCAAAACAAAUCAGCUAAAGUGGAGUUUUAGCGGUGCAUUUGAGGCAAGACAGUCGCUAAUUGUCAGAGGUCUUUUCCCCAUGCUUGCUGAUCCUCGACAUCCCGCCGAAUCUACGAAUGCAACAAAUGAGUCGGUUUUGAAGGUUGCACUUGAUCAUGGGAAGGCCUCUGGGGUGAUAAAAUCACAUGACCGAGUUGUUAUUUGCCAAAAAGUAGGGGAUGCAUCUGUGGUCAAGAUUAUUGAGCUCGAAGAUUAGAUCGCUUGGCUUUCCUCAUUUCGAGCCUUUCUUUCCACAAUUUGUGGAAGUGGGGACUUCUCUUGCCACCCUGUGGGGUUCAAAUAACGAGGUAUUGGAUGUUUCUGAUAAUCCCAGUGUAUAAAUGGUAUCCUGGGCAAGUACAUUGUUUAUGCUCAAUCGAUGCUCAUUUUGAAGUGAUUUACACUUUCGGUUCUGGACAGUUGAUCUGUCAAAUUGUACCUCAGAUAUGCAUAAUGUUAUUGAGUUCGAGCUCCCAAUAAGUUUACGUACACUCCUACCUAUCACUCCUCUCUCACAUGUGUUGGGUCCAUUCCACAAUUAAAUGUGUGGGGUCGACACAUAUGUGAGAGGUGGGGUCGGUAAGAGUGUACGUAGCAUUCUGGGUGUGCUUCGUUUUUUUUAGAAGUUUUCAA